CUGGGAACACUCUCCGAGCUACCCUCGGCGAAUUCUGCUCUAGCUCACGGCUCCAAACUUGCCUCUUCCAUGAAUGCCGUAAAAAGAACUGCGAGAAUCAGGAAGUGAAUGCCGCUCUGUGACUGGAUGCCGGUUUGCUAAUACAUGAUCACAACUAUUGCAUGCUGGGUUGCCACUCAGAAAAGGCUGGGGGAUCCAAGCACACCAGUCGGACUUUUGGAUGCAGACACUGUGCUAGAUAUAUUUGAGUUCAUUACGAAAAGAUAGGACAGCAACUACUGCCUUGAAAUCAAAGGUCAGAUACCUUGUAUAGACAUUGGUAGAGUCAUUGCGAUUUUCGACUGGGCUGCGGCUCUCCUACGCUAGAUAGAGCUAAAUAUGGCCCCUUUGUCUAUGGAAUCUACUACAAUAUCCUUUUCCAAAAGAUACCCAACGCUAAAAAAUGGAGCUGUGAUAGCAAAGCUAGGGAUCUGCCAAAACUGUCUCUAGAACUUGUUCGUUUCAGGUGGUAACCAGACCCUGGACCUUGUGGCCAUCAUAAACGAUCUCGUCAGGGCAGACUUCUCCGUCAAAGGCUCGGAACGCGCUCUAACUGUAUGAACCAAAUGUGCUAUUUUGCAGGUUAUAAUAGUACAAAUAUCACGCAGACGCACAGUUCUAGCUGGUCUACCACGUUAAACAAGACUUCGAGGCGAGAGUGCCCUAAGAUUGAAUUUUCGUCGCAUGAACUGACGAAAAUACCCUCGGGAACCACCCGUGUAUACGGCCUGGGAUGUUAGAGGCUGGAAACUGUCCCUUUUGAAAGGAAUAGGAACUGAAUCAUCUUUGUUGGCAGGACCAUAAACCCGAUUCGCACAUUUGGAGCGAAGGAACUGGAAUCGGGUUAACGAACCUGAAGUUGUGAACUCCUGCCUCGCUGAAUAUUUUGUGAGGAUUGCCCAAAAGUUAGGGCGCGAUGGCAUCCGAUGGGAUGUAAUAUGUCUGCCCAGCGGAAGAGUAGAAAAGCAGAAAGCGAUGGAUAAGAUGCUGGACAACUAUAUCCAAGCUGCUUUUGCUAUGUUCACCCGUGGAUGGACCGCCGCAGGGCUAUUUGCAAGUAGUCGAGGCGGUGGAAAAGUACAAGUCAUAUUGAAAGACCCAAGGAGCUCUGAACUAGCGCUGAAAGAGCUUGAAUACCAGGUUCUAACACCAUUGGCGACACUUUCGCAGGUCGGCUGGUCUUAUAGCAUCAGCAAUGGCCACCUGACAGUAUCUCGGAUUAUCCGCAACGUUUGGGGAAAGUAUAGGCAUGGCCAAGUAAACUUGCUUCCCGAUCUCCUGAAAGUGCUGCGACUCCGGGUAACCUCCUGGGCGAGGGAUAAGAAGAUACUAGCCGCUUUUCUGUAUGUCGAGCCAGAUGAUCUCGACAUGGCGCAUGAUUCGGUACAACCCACCAAGGAUAUCCUUUUUCGUAAUCAAUAA